AUGGUCCUACCGCGAGUGGACACUAAUGAGGAUGCGAUCGCCUUUAAGGUGUCUCAACAAUUUGCGGAUAAUCCCAUUGGCGUUGACUUCGAUCCCGAAGAUUUGAUCUGUAGGCUCGAAUCGGGAGAAGAUGAGAAGAGCAUUAAGAAGAGGCCUAAGAUUGGGAAGAGGACAGAUACUCCAUUCUAG